AGUCAGGCAGCCAUGCGAGGUCAGCGUGUGGUGGAGAGCAAGCGCAGGUGCUGGAACCCAGCCGUCUGGCUCCUGCUGUCCCUGCUGGGGUCCGUCGUCUUGGUGGCCGUCUCUGUGCUGCUGCGACUCGGAGACUUGAAAAUAAGCAGAAGGGCUGUAAACACCAAUGGCGUGCAAACCCCCGUGAGGAUGCCGUACCAAGGUAAGCAUGUGGCCGCUUAUCUCUCCAAAGUACAACUAGUGAAUGGACGUAGCCGGUGUGAGGGUAGAGUGGAGGUGUUCUACAAUAACUCAUGGGGCACUGUCUGUGACGACGACUGGGAUAUGGUGGACGCCAACGUGGUGUGCCAGCAGCUGAGCUGCGGAGUGGCCGUGGCGGUGGGCAGCAGCUCUCAGUUCGGACAAGGCUCAGGGCUCAUCCUGCUGGACAAUGUGGACUGCAGAGGGAGUGAAGCGGACCUCAGCCAGUGCCGCAGCCUGGGCUGGGGCGUCCACAACUGUUACCACUACGAGGACGUGGGCGUUACGUGCAGAGGUAAAUUCUUUACGCCACUUCUAAAGCCUAGUGUGGCAUCCAUGCAGGUGGCACCGUGCGACCCUUAUAAUUCCCUCCCUCUCCAUCUUGGUUUAGGAGACGGCACUAUCCGUCUGGUGAAUGGACAGAAUGCCUGUCAGGGCCGGGUCGAGGUCUACUACCAGGGAGCCUGGGGGACUGUGUGUGAUGACGACUGGGCCCUCAACAAUGCCCGGGUGGUCUGCCAACAGAUAGGCUGCGGCAGUGCCCUCUAUGCACACACCAACUCCUUCUUUGGCUAUGGAACCGGUCGAAUUAUCCUGGACAAUGUUAACUGCCAAGGCACAGAGCAGGACCUGUCUAGGUGCAAAAGCCUGGACUGGGGCAAACACAACUGUGGCCACCAUGAGGAUGCUGGAGUUACCUGCACCGGAUCCACCACUCUACCUCCUUUGGCAACAGAAAACAAGAGAGGGCUUUUGGUAACAUAUGACACUCAAGCAACAGAAAACAUUCCAGUCACCACAAGACCAACUCCGACGACGGUUACCACAACUGCCCUGACAAAAGGCACACCAGCCGUCCGCGUGAUGAACGGUAACAGUAGCUGCCAGGGCCGCGUGGAGGUCCUCUACAACAAUAUUUGGGGCACGGUGUGCGACGAUGACUGGGACAUGCUCAACGCCGUGGUGGUGUGCCGUGAGCUGGGCUGCGGCCCAGCCAUCACGUUCAAGGCCCAGGCCUACUUCGGCUACGGUUCCGGUCCGAUCUUGCUGGACAACGUGGAUUGCAUCGGCUCUGAGCGGCAGCUGUCCAACUGUCGCCACCUGGGCUGGGGUCAGCACAACUGCGGCCACCACGAGGACGUCGGGGUUAUCUGUGCACUUGUGGGAUUGGCCCAUUUUCCUCUGCUUCCCUCAGCUUUCGAAUUCUUGAGUGCAAAUAGCCGUGACUUCCAAGUGACAGAACGCAUGCCUUCCACCACAAGGCCUCCCUCUGAAGGAAUGGUGAGGCUGGUGGGGGGCCAGCACCGAUGCGAGGGUCGGGUCGAGAUGUACUCAAAUUCCGGAUGGGGCACGGUGUGCGACGAUGCCUGGGACCUCCCCGACGCUCGGGUGGUGUGCCGCCAGCUGGGCUGUGGCCAGGCCGCGGCGGCUCGGCCGGAGGCGUUCUUCGGGCCCGGCUCGGGGACAAUCCUGCUGGACAAUCUCAAGUGCAGCGGCGCUGAGGCCUCCCUGCAGGAGUGCUCCCAUAUAUCCUGGAAUGUGCACAACUGUGACCACUCCGAAGAUGCCGGCGUCACCUGCUCGCUGUCGUGAUUUCAGCAAAGCCAGGCUCUCGUCUCCACCACGGGCAGGAGGCGGGCAUACCAACCUGGCACUUGUAUAUUAUUAUGUAAAUAACAGCUUCCACAUUGCUAAAGGAAUACUCCCCCACCACCAACGUGCAAAAUAACUAAUGUGACGAUAUAUAAUGACAUACUAUAAACUAUCUAUGCCUAUUAAGCACUUUAUAAAUAAAUAUGAUAUUUGAAAAACAAAGCUUUCAACUGUCCGACUCACUCUUAAUCGACCCGAAACGUUUUAAAUAUCUACUGUAAAUGGGAUUCGUUGAUGAUUAGCUGAACACAAGUGGAAGUCUCUGUUAUUAA